AUGUCAGGACCAGAAUAUCAUAUUCCUCCUCCGUCGAAUCAUCAGUUUGGCUCGAGCAGCGGGAAUCCGGAUGCGUCCUUGCAAUCCUUCGCGGACCAGGACACUGCUUGGCAGACUUCAUCAGCCUCCCACCACGGCCACGACCCGAAACAUCUCGGUGGUGAUAAUGUCGAUCACUUCACCCCGCAGCAUCUGACAGAUCAUAACAAUCUCCAUAAACAAAAAAACGCCCUCGAACCCAUGGGGACUCCCUAUCCGAUGAAUCAAUUCAGUUCCGAAGUAGUCCAUCCAAGCCAAUUAAACGAGAACCAGGUCGACGAGGACUUGAUGUCACAGCUGUUCAGGGGUUACGAAAAUCAAAACGAGGGAAACGUGCAAUACUAUCCUUAUGGGGUUACAUCCAACUCCCGGCAACCAGUCUUACAAAAUAUGGAAAACCAUAGGCACACAAACUCUCCAAUUUUCUCUUUUAUGAGCCACACCAACGGUGACCACAUUGAUCACAAGGAAGCACUGGUGUCACAACUGCUUGAGGGUCACGCAAAUCAUGAUGAGGGCGGCACGCAAGACUAUAAUCAUGGUGUCGCAUUCAAAUCCCUGCAGCCAGCCUUACAGACUCCGAUUGCCGAUUUUACUUUGCCAUCUUUCUACCCGAGCCACACCAACGGGGACCAUGUUGUUGAGGACUACUUGAUACCACAUCGAGAGGGUGACAUCGGUCAUCAUGAGCCAAACAAGCAGAACUACCCUGAAGCUGCAAUUGAUGAAUUGCGUUCGGAAGUUUCCAUCCCGAGUCACACCAGCGGAGGUCACGUUGAUCAGAAUCAUCCUCAUGGUGUUACAUUCAACUCGCCUCAAUCAUUCUUACAAAACACAGAGAUCGACAGACAGGCUCAUCAAACUCUUCAUGAGGACAACCUCGACUCGAUUUCUUCAUGGUUGGUUGAUUAUGAUAACCUCCCUAAGGGAAACGAGAAUGAUGAUUACCAUCCCGUUAGAUCCAACUCCUGGGGAGCUGCUCUUCAAUCUACUGCAAACCGCAAGGAAGCUCAUCCCAAAGUGAUUAUUGACUUGAGAUCAGAAUCUUCAUCUUCCCGCCACAGCAACGAGUUUGAUGAGAACCCUCACAAUUCACAAGUCUUGGGAGAUUAUCAUAAUCGCUAUACCACAACCAAGAAGAACGGCGCAACUGGCCCAGCCGUACGACCAGUGGCAGAAUACGAGCAACAAAAUCCUGCGAUGGAACGGUCAGACUUUUUAAUGAACUCUCUCAAAAAAAAACUCAAUCAUCCCAGCAGUAGGUCGCCAUUCCUGGAACAGUUCACAACCAAAUUUAGGGACGAGAUCAAUCAACACUACAGAAAAUACAAGGCCGUGUCAAAGAGGCCUUCCAGAGGCGCUGAUCUCCCGGUUCUUCUGUAUCAAAUGUCCAAUCAAAAUGGUCGAUCACCCUCCUGGAUAAUUCGGGUGAUGGACCAAACUGUUCCAGAUCAAUGGAUAACAAAACCUGCGGCUAGUAUGAUUAGCAUGUUCAAUAAAUUAGUAGACGGACUCAUCCUCAUCAACACGGCCAUAUCGAGGUGGUACAGUGGUGGUCCCAACUUGGAAGCCGAGAAAAUUUCUCACGACGCGUUAACCAAUUGGCUUUGGAAAGAGGCUUUUCAACCUCCCGGAGGCAGUUUUCCUGUCAUGGGAGUAGUUAGAAACCCAAACCCAGUGAACGGCGCGGUUUUUGGCAACUUGCAGAAGUCGCUUUUUGGGUAUCUUAGCCAGGAACCAUCGGUAACAAGCUGCCUCAAGGCCUCUGUUUUGAUUUUUCUGGCUUGGAACAGAAGUCCUGGCAAAGAGUCACGUACACCUCUACCGGAUAAUGAGCUGGGUUUGACUUCACUCUUAACAUCAAUUGCAUCAGGCUCAGUGGCUGGCUUUCGAUUGAAAGCUUCACAUCGUAGAGGGGCCGGGAUCUCCCACAUUUUGUUGAACAAUGAUCCCGGAAACAUCUCAAAUAAGUUCCAUUAUCCUGGCAUGAACAUUUUUCCACGUUUACUUUCACCAAGAAAGUUCGAUCCUAUGGAUGAACCAGGCAGUUUGGAUGAACAUGAAGACUCGAUUCUGAAAGCUUUCAAGCAGCAAAAGCCUAGGUCUCCUUCCAGUGUAAGUCAUGAUGUGGAAGGCCUCCCGGUUUCACUCGAAUUAGAGCCAGUCAAAGAUCAAGGCCGGCCGCUAGAAUUCACUGUCAGAAUUACGGCCAAGAAUCGCAAGGAUUAA